AUGAAAGAGAUUGUCAACCUGCAGGACUGCAGGACCAAGCUGAUUGAAUCGGUGGUCCCCGAGAUUAAUGACGACCAGGUUCUGAUUCGUGUUGUCGUUUCCGGAUCGAACCCCAAGGAUUGGAAGGUGCCCGAUCUUGCGCACAGCGAGGAGCCACCGUACUUUGAGCGCUACGAGAAAGUCCGAGAGGGAGUAAAUCAAGGGGAUGACAUAGCUGGCUUUGUCGAAAAGGUCGGGGAAAACGUAGUCGAAUUUCGGCCCGGUGAUCGAGUCGGAGCUUUUCACGAAAUGCUUGCGCCUGGAGGCAGUUACGCCGAAUAUGCGGUUGCAUGGAGCCACACCACGUUCCAUUUACCAGAGAAGAUUUCAUUUGAAGAGGCAGCAACCAUCCCCUUAGCCGGCCUCACAGCAGUUGUCUCUCUCUACCACCACCUCGGAUUUCAAUUCCCCUGGUCCCCAGCAGCCAAAGGCAAAUCCCCCAGCGCCACGACGCCGUUCAUUGUCUACGGCACAAGCACGGCAGUUGGGUCCUACGCGAUCAAGUUCGCCCGACUAAGCAACAUCCACCCGAUUAUUGCGAUCGCCGGAAAGGGCGCCCAUUACAUCCGGAGGUUCCUGGACGAGAGUAAGGGCGACGUAGUUGUGGAUUAUCGGGAGGGCCCCGAGAAAACCGUCGCUGGCAUUCGCAAUGCUCUGCGCUCAUCUCCUGAUGCCAAUGAUUUUCCAGUAAAUCAUGCCCUGGACACAAUUGUCACCGAGGACAGUACGACCGUGCUGCGUUCCGUUCUGAACCCGGGAGGUAACAUUAAUUAUGUACUCAUGAGUCCCCCCGAUGUUUCUCCCGCGGUUGCGUCGAACACUUGGGUCAGUUCGGCCCACCAGAUCGGUGGUAUUGACGAUUGCCGUGAUCUGUGCUUCGUAUUCUGUCGGUGGUUCACGCGGGCACUGCAGACUGGUGAGCUGGAGAGUCAUCCAUUUGAAGUCAGAGGAGGCGGCUUGUUGGGAGUUGAGGGAGCGAUGAAGGACUUGAAGGAUGGAAAAGCGAGUGCAGUUAAAUAUGUUUUUAGAAUCGGUGAGACACCGGGACUAGAAAACUUGGGAUAG